AACAAAGUCAUUUAAAACUACCUACCGAGUUGUUUUAUUUCCAUAUGCAAAACUUAAAAGACAUAUCCCUCGUAUACAAAUUUCAAUCCGCCGUUUUUGAACCCACAGAGAUCUGGCCAGCGCAGGUGUAAAUGUAUAUGUUGAGUGGGCGUAACUUAUUCUCCAGAGAACACACUGUCGCUGCAUAUGCCAGUAGUUUUACACAUGAUUAACAGCUAUAAUAAUCUAAAAGAGAGUAGAAGGUGAAAUAAAAUACAUAUGCAAAUCUGAAUAAUAUAUAAGAUAGAAAAUAUUAUUUGUUCAGUUAUCUACCAGUCGUUUGAUCCGAUAGAGCUUCAUUUGCAGCUGCAAAACAUUAGACUUCGUAGUGCAUCAAAGAUCAUUAAUCAAGUUAUCCUAUUAUCCCUGCACUAUCAACAUGGAAUAGCGCCCGGCAGAAAUGUAACUUAAUGACCGUACUGUUUACUGCUGACUGCCGGCAUCCUUCGGUUUAUCGGUUUUGUCAUUUGUCAACAAAACGCACGGCACGGAUUGACGGUCCCGUUCCGUUUCCGUUUUUUAUUUAUCAGAAAAGUGUGGUUAGGUAAGAUAAAAGUACACACAAAUCUCUCAAAAUUUUCAUACAGCAACACUCAUUACUCACUGCAAUUUGAAAACACGUAUCGCCCUACUUGUAUUCGUUCACUGUCUCAUUUGCACACACAUUUUCCGUUGAUUUUCGCAGAUAGAUUAAAGUAUAAUUACAGCUCACAACCACCUUGACCUGUAUGAAAUUUGAAUGGCUUGAUUACUUGAAAUAUUCGCAUCUUGAAUGUUGCCAGCCAAUUUUAAAAGUACUCAAUUCAUGUUUCUUAAAAAAUUUAUUUACUCUUCUAGUUGCAAGAUAACUCGUACCUUGCAUGUUAACAGCUCCUCUAUAUUUUUAAAUUUUUUCAUGGGCAAACAUCAAUGUUCCAAUAACCUUUGGUACUUUAAUAUAACACAUAAUCAUCUUAAACAUAAAUAUAUGGAAUAUGCAGAUGAAUUGUUGCUUUUUAUGUAUAAUCUGCAAGAUGCAUUUUCACUAGUUCUGUUUAUAUUAGCAAUAGAUAAAAAUACUGAUGAUCUAAACUGAACUGAGGAUAGACCAUAUAUUGAAUUAAAUAUUGCAAAACUGCAGUAUACACAUUGGUUAUUUGUGUGCAUGUUUAGUGACUGUGAAAGAAAUAGAUAUGUGUUAAAUUUGCUAUACAAGAAGGCACCAGAAUGUAUAUUUUUGGAAAAAUGAAGCCACAUAAUGGACGAGGAAGAUGACUUCUUGGACACCAUAUCUGUAACAUCAAAUGGAAGUAGAGCAAAACGCUACAACAACAAUAAAGAAUACCUUAGUCUGUCUCGAAACACAAUAUAUCGCUCAGUGAUAGAUCUGGAUGACAACAUGGAGCUAACACCACUAGACAGAGGGGACAGGGAUGGCAACUAUACACAAAACAAGGUGUCUAAUCAUAGAAAUAGACAGGUUAAGACAUAUGAUCAGUGGAGAAAUAGGCAGUGGCGGAGUUUUACUAAUGCUGAGCUGAGUGUCGAUUUCGUGUUAGCUUAUGAUGAGCAAGGAAAACAAGAAAAUAUACGGAAACGGAAGGUGUUCGAAACCAAUUUAGAAAAUGUUGGAUUAUUGCUGGAACGAGAGGAGAACCAAAGGAUACAUUUUGUGAAAAUUCAUGUGCCUAAAGAUGUGUUGUGCCAGUAUGCUGAGCUGUUGAAGUUGAGGUUACCGAUAAAAGAUGAUAACCCUGACUUACCUAAGGACAAUAUACUAGUGACAACAGCCAAUAAGCUUUUGCAAUGUUGUAAAGUGACGCUUGACCCAAAAUUAUUUCCUGAAAAAAAGUAUGAGUUAACUGCGGAGUUUAGUAGAGAUAAAGAUUAUUUAUUUGAUAUGGAUGGCCCAGAUUUUUUUGAUACAUCAGUCAGAACAACGGUUGUAUCAUAUAUCUUAGAAAGAGAGCGAUUUGGUAAUGAAGACCAAGACAAAGGUAUAAAAAGGCUUGUCGCAGAAGAUGUCUAUAAGGCAGCAUAUCCUUUGCAUGAUGGAGAUCUUCAUACUCCUGGUACAAGAAGAAAACUCCUACUGGAUGAGUGGGCAUCAGUCUCGAAGUGUAUAAAGUUCCAACCUAUAGACGCCAUAAAAGACUAUUUUGGAGUGAAAUUCGCCCUGUACUUCACCUGGCUAGGGUUUUACACUCACAUGCUCAUACCCGCAGCUCUCGUAGGCCUGUUAUGUUUUCUAUAUGGAGCAGUAACUUUAAAUUCGGAUUCGCUCAGCCGGGACAUUUGUACCAAAGAUAUCACGAUGUGCCCUAGAUGUGAUAAAUACUGUGAUUAUUGGAAGUUGAAUGAGAGCUGUACCUAUUCCAGGAUACAACAUUUUAUCGAUAACCCUGCAACGAUAUUUUUUGCCAUGUUUAUGUCGUUUUGGGGGACUUUGUAUCUUGAACUGUGGAAAAGGUAUAGCGCCGAGAUAACACAUCGAUGGGGCUUGACAGGUUUUGACCUCCAAGCGGAACCCCCGCGCCCUGAGUACUUGAUGCGUCUGUCAAAAGCAAAAAAGCAAAAACUCAAUGUUGUUACUCAACUGCAAGAGCCCGUCGUGCCUUUUUGGAGGGUCAAAUUGCCCUCCAUAAUAAUAAGUUUCACGGUUGCACUGUUGUGGACGAUGGUGGCGCUAGCUGUCGUCUUGGGAAUUGUUAUUUAUAGAAUGAGCUAUAUGACGUCUGAUACUUUGUAUAGGGAUAAAGCAAGUUACAGAAUUUACAUAGUACCUGUAACAGCUGCCUUAAUAAAUUUGGUUUGCAUCGUAAUCCUGAAUCUCAUCUACGAUAGGCUGGCAGAAUGGUUGACAGAAAUGGAACUGCAGAGGACUCAGACUGAAUUUGAUGAUAGCUUAGCAUUGAAAAUAUAUAUGUUCCAAUUCGUCAACUACUAUUCGUCUAUUUUUUAUAUUGCGUUUUUCAAAGGUAAAUUCGUAGGAUACCCUGCAAAGUAUAAUAGGAUAUUAGGAUAUAGACAAGAAGAGUGUAAUCCUGGCGGUUGUUUGAUGGAGCUGACAAUACAACUAGCCAUUAUCAUGAUAGGCAAUCAAGCUAUAAAUGCAAUAGUCGAAAUGGUGAUUCCGCUUUUGAUAAAAAUGUACAAUACUUUCAAAAUAACAACUGGUAUAGAGAAAGCCGAGAAAACGGAAGAUAUUAUGCUGAUCAGUUGCAAUCAAUGGACUGAGGAUUAUAAAUUGAGUGAAUUUCAGUCAAGAAGUUUAUUUGCUGAAUAUUUGGAAAUGGUACUUCAGUAUGGAUUCGUUACCAUCUUCGUGACGGCCUUCCCUCUGGCGCCUCUUUUCGCUCUGAUCAACAACAUCUUCGAGAUGCGGUUGGACGCCAAGAAAUUCAUCAAAUACUAUCGACGGCCGGUACCUCAAAGAGUAAAGAACAUUGGCGUGUGGUACUCGAUCCUGGCGAUCGUGGGCAGGAUAGCGGUGGUUUCGAACGCGUUCAUAAUCGCGUUCUCGUCGCAUUUCAUUCCACGGAUGGUGUAUAUGAUGAAACAGUCGAAGAAUCACACGGACGAAGGGCUCCUAGAGUUCAGUCUUGCCAAGUUUAAUACUUCGGAUUUCCCAGAAGUUUCGGCGCCAUUGUUUCCUUCAGAGAAUGUAACUGUUUGCAGGUAUGCAGAAUACAGAAAUCCUUUUGACUACCCAGAACCUGCUCUGAAGUACAAACGGCCUUUAAUAUACUGGCACAUCCUAGCUGCUAGGUUAGCCUUCGUGGUGGUUUAUCAGAAUUUAGUGAGCUUUGUGAUGACUGUGGUAGAGUGGACCAUUCCUGACAUCAGCAGAAAGCUUAGCGAUAGGAUCAAACGAGAAGCUUAUAGAACAAAUGAAAUUAUUAUCAAGCAUGAGAUGGAGAGAGCGAGACGGAAUAAGUCAUUAAGGAAACGAGAAUCUGUUGUGUCAGGAGUAUCAGUGUACCAUGACGCCAAUGGUGAUAUCACGCCUGAAGAGAACAGCAGGAACACAAUAUAUUAUGACACUUAACACAUGAGACUGGUAGCACUAGUUUUUUUGUCUAAUUCGGUGCAGAUAGUUUUCCAUAAAAAAUAGAAGCUGUGCGUAUGUAUUUAUGUAUAUCCCAACAUGUCAACUAGCUGACUGCAUAUGAAAUUUUCAUAUGAUGAUCAUAAUUUAUCCACUCAGUAAAAAUUUCCAUCCCGUCCAAAGGUUGUACAUGAGUCUUGAGGGUAGUAUUUCAUUUUCAAUUAAACUAUACAGUACUGCCUUUAAGAGAAGAUUUAAAAGAAUAUGGUUGAUAUUGUGCUUUAAGGCGAAUGUCAUAUGAACAGUAGUUGCUGUGAUCCGUCAGCAUUUAUCGUGGAAUGUGAUAUUUAUUGACUUUGCAGCCUGGACGUAGUAUUUAUUGGUGUAUAAGAUUACGUAGAAAUCCACUGACCCUGAUCGAAUCAACAGUGCAUCUUUUACAUAGACCUCAGUAAAUAGUUAUCAUGUGACAUUCGGCUAAGCAAGGUGCUGUGAUAUAGUUGGUUCACAUUACUGGCUUAUUUACUGUACUUGCUUUUGAUUAUACAGCUUUAUCUGCAGCCUUCCGUACAGGAACAAAUAAUUACCGAUGUUGGAAAUUACAUUGCUUCUAUUUUUUUCUGAAGGCAAAUAUAUUUUUAUUGUAUUUGCACUGGAUUGCAAAAAACAUGUACAUUGUAGAUAUUUGAAGAUUCAUAUUGUGGCCUUGGUAUCUUGCCUUAAUUGGUUGCUAGUCAAAAACAAAUGGGAUAUUUAUAAUAUUAGGGGAAUCUUUUUUGUUGCCAAGUUGAGUGAUACGUAUACAAUUUCGAAUUCACCGAAUAUCUUAUUAGAUAUAAGAUAUUGAGGGAACAUUAUUUCAACUAAAACAAUGUCUUUAGUGCGUUUUCAAUAUACAGGGUGUUGCCCAGCAAGCCAAACAAAGCUGGCUUCAUUACUGUAGAAUGCUAUUUUAUACAUUUUUGUCGCUUGCCGUUUUUUAUUUUGUCAGGCUUCUCCAUAUUGGAUCCAAAAUCUUCAACUUUGAAUCGCCCUAUUAGUAGUAAUUGAACGCAAAGUACAAAUUUAGUUGCAUUCGUAUUUUUUGCGUACUAAAGUCGUACAUAAUAAUGUAUAGUUUGUUAUUGGAUAUUAGGUAACAGUUAAGAGACUUUUUGCACCACAACACAUUUCAGCUGGGCUGUGUGAAAUUAUUAUUUAUGUGUGUCAUAAAUAAGCAGUUCAAAAAGUAGCGAUCUGAAAAUUCUUACUUCUUUUCAUAUGAAACUUUGUGUCUGCAUGAAAAACUUAUUUGCUACUUGAAAUUUUAUGAUACAAUCGUUGUUCUGCCUCGUCUUUAUAUAUUUGGUCGGAGCAAAGGAGAAAAAUGAACCGCAUUGCGUUACAAAAUGCAGAUUAAAACAUUGUUAACCUCAUCACGUGUUAAUUUGGUGUUUUAUUGGAAAUAAAAAAUUGAAAAAUAAAUUUAUACCUACGGUAAUUAAGUAUAUUCAUAAAAUGUACUCACCUCACUACUACAAUACCUCACAUUUUUAUAAUUCCUUUUUUAACAAUUUUUGGUGUGUAGAAAGGAUAUAGUUGGGAAUAUAGUUUUAUUGCCAUUUUUACACUGACUAUUUAGAAAUGUAAGUAGAUAUUUUCAUAAAUCCAUACUCACAUCACACUGAUGUUACUGUUAUUGUAGCGUUUGACUUAAAAGUCAUCACAGAUUCAACGUUUGAGUUUCUAAAACAAUCUGCUACAGAGCAAAAUGUAACGGUUAAUACGAAUUAUUUUUGUUUACAUUUUUCACUUUUUAUAUAAUUUAUUGAAAAAAUAAUAUUUUAAUAAACCGUUUUUAUGAUGUU